AUGUUUGGAACACUUUUAGAAAGGCCAAGAAUUAAACCAAUCAUUGAACCGUGUUAUCAUAAAUUACUCGAAAGUUUACACAAUGAAUUGGAUCGAUGUAAACAGAUAUUAGAUCGAAAUGUUGAUAAUCCAAAAUUGUUGAAACAUUCUCUAUCGAAAGCAUUCCCUCCAGCUGCUGGAGCUAUAUCUUGGUCUACUCUCCUGUUGAGACGUAUAAAUUCUAUUAUGGAUCCAAUAGAACUAAUGGAAUAUCCUUUUCGAAAUAAACAUUUAGAAGAAUUUUGUCAAUCAGCUCCAGAGAAAUGUAAUAUCAAUUUAAAAUUACCCUUAUUACGUCGUGAUCCAAAUAAUUCACUGCUAAUCGAGGUUAACUUUGAUAAUCAAUUAGUUGAAGUCUUACGAGAAGUCCACUACUUUCUAAUGCUUAGCGGUGAAUCGAAAUGUGGCGAAAUAUCCCCUGAAAGUAUCGUUUACGAAUUACCCGAAAAGUUAAAAAGCCGUCUACCUCAUUCAACAUUAGAAAUGUAUGAAAAAACUGAAUCUCUGCGGGAAUCUAGGCUUAAGUUAGCUCAAAUACAAUAUGCUUAUAAUUCAAUUAAACAACAGACAACACCGGUUGAAUAUGCUUUAAUCUCAGAUGAAGUGGACACAUUCAAUGAAACAUUGUCACCAGCAUUGAGCACAAUGACAUGGGAGAAUGUGAAUACAGAAUUUAUUGAUAACUCCUUGAAUAUAAUUAGUGCACUUCAAUCAAGAGUGAUAGAAGCAGAGGAGAAUUUCAAAAAUAUUGAACAGCUAAUGUCACAAUGGCGUAAAAUACCCCUAUUUCAAGGAAAAGAACGUAAAUACGAUUGUUAUCUCCCCUUGGAAGAUCGUAUUACUAUAAGAAAUGCUAGAUUUAAAGAAGUUGAUGUGGUUGGUAAGAAAAUACAUGAAUUAAUUAAGCGAAAUCAAGAAUUAUACCGUGCAAAUCCAUCAAGUCCUGAUUGGAAUGCAUAUUUGGAAUCAGCUGAAUAUGUCAUUAUUGAAGGCUUGAUUGAUACAGUCUGUUGUAGCCUGAUGUAUUUAUCAACGCAUACAGAAAAAAUGAAAGUGGAAUUACCAAUUAUGGAGACAAAAUUAGAUUUAGCAGUUGAUCGUCUUGCCUAUUCCCCUGAUGUACAAGAAUCACAGGCUGUAAAUCUUCUAGAAAUAUUCAACAAUUUAAUACAAGACAUCACUGACCAAUCACGUUUAAUCUCAUCGUUAAUUAAUCCUCAGGAUAUAACUCCGACUGUAAGCAAUUCACCAACACCGACAACAAGUCAACCAGGAGGUCAGGUGGAAGGUGGACUACCAUCACAAACAAUGGAAACAGUGAAUGAAACAGCUCCUUCUGAAACUGUACCACCGUUGGCGACAGAACCUUCUGAAGUACCAGAAACAGCAGUGGAAUCAGAACCACAAGCAUCAGCGCCACCAAUUUCAGAGGAGAAAUUAACGGUUCAAGAAUCUGAAGUUGAACAAAAAGUAAAACACAAAACAUCACUGCCAGGACAAGAUGCAACUGAUAUGGAUUCCUAUGAAAAAGUCAAGUCACUCACAGGAUUCUCUCAACAAGUUCUGUUGACACCAGAAGUUACUGAUCUCAUAAAAACAAUCACUGAUCAUAUACGAUCAGCUAUGUACGCUGCAAUGGAUUAUCAACAACAACUGGAGAGUAAUUAUUCCUUUUAUUGGACUGAAGAUCGUACAGAAUUUAUUAAACAAUUUUGUCGUUAUGGUCGUCUAUUAACUAAAGAUGAUAUCGGUCCCACAGGGGAAAUUGAAGCGCAUGAAAAUCCGCCAACGCUAGAUCAAUUUCGUGAACAAAUUAUUAAAUAUGAUCGUGUUUUUGAAGAAGUUGAACGGAUAGAUGAUUCAAAAUUAUUUGAUUCAUGGUUAAAGGCUAAUUUGAAACCAUUUAAACAAUCCCUAUUAUCAGUGAUUAGACAAUGGAGUGAUAAAUUUAAACAAUAUCUUCUUAGUCAUGUUACAACUACUCUUGAGAAUUUACAACAAUUUGUUAAGAAUAGUCAAGCAGAUUUAGAAAUUCCUACAACUGAUAUCGAAUCAGUGGAAUAUAACAAAUUAGUCACAAUACUAGAGCGCUUAAAGUUAAUACGUGAAGCUGAAGAGGCAACAGAUGCUGGUUUUGAACCAUUAAGAGAGACUGUAGCUUUAUUAAAAGAAUUUGGUGAAGAAUUACCUGAGUCAAUGAAUAAAUUAUUAGAAAAUCUUCCAGAUGAAUGGAAUGAUUUAAAGAAUACAGCCAUCAUAACUAAACAAAAAGUUCAACCAUUACAAGAGAAUGAAGUGCAAAAUAUACGUGCACAAUCUGCUCAUUAUGAUUAUGAAUCAGCUAUGCUCAAGCAGAAUUUCGAUUCCUCUGAUGUAUUCGAUUUUAACUGUUUAACAGCAUAUACAGAUUUAGAUGAAUGGAAUCAAAAACUAUUGAAACUUGAACAAGGUGUUGGUGAAAUGCAAAUCUCAGCUAAAUCAUUUGAAGUACGUGAUGUACCAGCUUAUUUAGAUAUGAAAACAAUGCGACGUGGAAUGAAGACAACUAAACGUGUCUGGGAUUAUAUUAACAUGUUUAGAAGUUAUGUAACCAAUUGGAAAACAUCACGAUGGAAAGAAAUUGAUUUUGGUACUAUUGAUGAAGUCAUCCGUGAAAUUUCAAUGGAAAUACGUACAAUGGAUAAAGAAGUUCGUCAAUGGCCAAUGUUUCAAGGUUUAGAGGCUGAAUUAAAAGAUAUUAAUGCAUCAGUAACAGCUGUAAGAGAUCUACAAAAUCCUGCAGUCAAGUCUCGUCAUUGGACAGAAUUAAUGCAAGAAACUGGUCGUCUAAUAGAAAUCACUGAUACAACAACCCUAGCUGAUCUACUAUCAUUAAAUUUGCAUAAAUUCGAAGAAGAAGUACGCGCUAUUGUAUCAAAAUCAUUGAAUGAACAAAAAAUUGAACGUGAUCUUGACAAGAUUGAACAAGUAUGGAGUGAAAUGAAAUUUGAAUAUGAUACACACGAUAGAACAGGUUUGAGUUUACCAAAACAAACAGAUUAUUUAACUACAACCCUUGAAGAAAUACAAGUUAAAGUAUUAGAUAUGUUAGGCAAUCGAGAUAAUGCCUAUUAUAUUGAUAAAAUUAAUUAUUGGCAUAAAACUCUAUCCCUUACUGACCAGGUACUCGCUAUCUGGUUUGAAACACAACGUGUAUGGUCUGGUUUAGAGUCAAUAUUUGUUCUAUGUGAUGAUAUCAAAGCGAAAUUGCCGAAAGAUACAGAAUUAUUUAUGUCACUGGAUAAAGAUUUUCGUGUUCUAAUCGAUGAGAUACAAAGUAAACCAAAAGUGUUAGAUGCUACAACUACACGACUAGAAUUACUCAAUGACAUCCAAAAGGUACGAGAUGGUCUGGCGAUUUGUGAAAAGGCUUUAGCUGAUUAUCUAGAGACAAAACGUCUAGCCUUUCCAAGAUUUUAUUUUGUCUCACAGAAUGAUGUGACUGAUAUUGUUAGCAAUGGAAAAGUCCCGCUGAAAGUGAUACGUCAUUUAUCAAAAUUAUUUGAUAGUAUUUGUAGUCUAACAUUUGCCAAUCCUGAAGCUACAAUUAAACAUGCUACGCAUAUGAUUGCUAAAGAUAGUGAAGUAGUGAAAUUCACAAAAUCAUUUGAUUUACAAGGUCAAGUUGAAGAAUGGUUGAAUAAACUGUUAGAUGAAAUGCGCAACACUCUGCGUCACAUUCUUGCAGAUGCAGUCAGUGCUUAUGAAGAGAAACCAAGAGAUCAAUGGAUAUUUGACUAUCCGGCGCAGAUAGCUUUAACCGGUUCACAAAUCGGUUGGAAUAGUGAAGUGUUGAUUGCAUUUGCUCGACUAGAAGAAGGCUUAGAGAAUGCAAUGAAAGAGUAUAAUAGAAAACAAAUUGCCCAACUGAGUACAUUAAUACAAAUGCUAUUAAUUGAUCUAUGGGAUGAUAAAUCACACGAUUGUUUUGCUAAUAUCUGUGAUGCACAAUUUCGUUAUGCUUAUGAAUAUUUAGGCAAUACACCAAGACUGGUCAUUACACCGUUAACUGAUCGAUGUUAUAUCACACUGACACAAUCACUGCAUUUAUGUAUGAGUGGUGCACCUGCUGGACCAGCUGGCACAGGGAAAACAGAGACAACAAAAGAUUUAGGCCGUGCACUAGGCAUUAUGGUCUAUGUGUUCAAUUGUUCUGAACAAAUGGAUUACAAGUCAAUUGGUAAUAUUUACAAGGGAUUAGCACAGACUGGUGCAUGGGGAUGUUUUGAUGAAUUCAAUCGGAUAGCAGUGGAAGUUUUAUCUGUUGUCGCUGUACAAGUGAAAUGUAUUCAAGAUGCAAUCCGGUUGAAGAAGGAGAAAUUCAAUUUUCUUGGUGAAGUAAUACCACUUGAUCCAGCUGUUGGUCUUUUCAUUACAAUGAAUCCAGGUUAUGCUGGUCGAACAGAACUGCCUGAGAAUUUAAAGGCAUUGUUUAGACCAUGUGCUAUGGUAGUGCCAGAUUUUGAAUUGAUUUGUGAAAUUAUGCUUGUAGCUCAAGGAUUUCUAGAGGCAACUAUAUUGGCGCGUAAAUUUAUUACACUAUAUGAAUUAUGCAAAGAAUUACUUUCGAAACAAGAUCAUUAUGAUUGGGGUUUAAGAGCUAUUAAAUCAGUGUUGGUUGUAGCUGGUGCAUUGAAACGUGGUAAUCCUGAACACACUGAAGAUUCCGUGUUAAUGCGUGCUCUACGAGAUUUCAACAUACCUAAAUUAGUCACUGAAGAUAUGGCUGUAUUUUUAGGUCUUAUAUCUGACUUGUUUCCAAAUUUAGAUGCAUCGCGUAAACGUGAUUUAAAUUUUGAAGCAAAUGUAAAAGCAGCUACUGAAGAUUUAGGCUUACAACCAGAGGAUUCAUUUAUCUUGAAGGUUGUUCAAUUACAAGAACUUUUUGAAGUUAGACAUUCUGUAUUUAUUGUUGGCAAUGCUGGGACGGGUAAAUCACAAGUAUGGAAAACACUUAAGCAUACAUUUAAACUGCAAAAACAGAAACCUGUCGCUAUUGAUUUAGACCCAAAAGCAGUAACAAAUGAUGAGUUAUUCGGUGUUAUCAAUCCAGCAACACGUGAAUGGAAAGAUG